CAUGUUGGGAAGGGUCGGUCUGAAUCCUAAACAAGAUUUCCGUGUACGAUCAGUGAACCGUCCUGUUUUGCCGGGCUUUGUGGCUAAAUGUUUAUAUGCGCUUAUUUUAACACGAAGACAAGAUACAAAAGGCGACUGACGCACUAUUGAAAAGAAAGUACUAAUCUAUGUAGUCUGAAUCCAGUUGACUUCAACUUUGCACUUUGCUGCUGAAGGUUUGAUUACAAAGAACGAACUGACAAUUAGAAACCACAUUGACGCAACUUAGCUCUAUCGUAAAAGGACUGCUGGUGUUCAGACAAAAUGUCAAAGCCUAGUAAACAGCAGCUUACGCUUCACAAGGUGAUAAUGGUCGGGAGCGGUGGUGUAGGAAAGUCCGCACUCACUUUACAGUUUAUGUAUGAUGAGUUUGUUGAAGACUAUGAACCUACAAAGGCCGAUAGCUAUCGAAAGAAGGUGACCCUUGACGGGGAAGAGGUACAAAUUGACAUCUUGGACACAGCUGGUCAAGAAGACUAUGCCGCCAUUCGGGACAACUACUUCCGUUCGGGGGAGGGCUUCUUAUGUGUAUUCUCAAUAACUGAACAGGAAUCAUUUCAGACAACCUCAGAAUUUAGAGAACAAAUAUUAAGGGUGAAACAUGACAGAACAGAGGAACAGAUCCCAUUUGUACUGGUCGGUAACAAAGCAGACCUGAACGAGAAACGCCAAGUUAGUCGUGAAGAAGCAACUAAUCUCGCCACUAGCUGGCACAUACCCUACGUAGAAACAUCAGCGAAAACAAGGGAGAACGUUGAUAAGGUCUUUUAUGAUUUAAUGCGGAAGAUAAGUGAACAGAAAGCUGCAGAGGAAAGUACGCAAAAUGGAAAAGAUGGAAAGAAAAAGAAAAAGAAUAAACGAAGAAAAUGUUUAAUUCUCUGAAUAAAUAAGUGAACUGUGUUCAAGAAAAGAUUAAGGUUAAACUUAGCUACUGCACUGCUACAUAAUAAGGAGUUGAUAACCAGGGGGUUAUAGUUAAAGUACAUAGUCAAAUAAAAUAUUUAAUAUUGAGAGAGGGUUGGUGAGGGAGUAAAUAGGAGGGAGGGGUGUGAAUUCAUGUUUGCACUCAAUUUAAUUAUGUGCUAUUUAGAAAUAUUAAAUAUGUCCACAUCAAAGUAAAAUCCACAAAGACUCUUAUUUUAAAAUUCAUUGAGAUAUAGCAAAAUGAUGAUCUCUGAAGCAAAAACUAUAAUUUAAAUUCACCUAGCUUCAUUUUUUAUAUAUUUUAACAGCAAUCUGUUAUAAAUUGUAUGCAAAGAAAAAAAAAUGUGGAAAUGUGUCUAUUCUAACCAGCAAGUGGCUUUAUGUAAAUAACCUACAGUUUGCUGCUCUAGGGAUUGUCACGGUUACAAGUGCUGGUGCUAAUGUUCGGCCAACAUUAACUACAGGUGUUGCUUUUGGCAUUGUCUUGAUUACUGAUGCUAAGUUUAUAUGCUGUUGACAUGUCAUCUCUCGUUAAUGACCAAAUUCAGAUUGAUUUUCCCAAAGUUGUGUAGUUGUGUUUCGGAUACAGAAUAUCCGCAUACAUAUCUUUAUAUCCACACAAUCUCCUGUUGCAGAACAGUUUGCACGGUAUCAAUCUGACCAAAAUUAAUGAUACGUGUAUUUUAAUGAAAUUAGUUGUAAAAAAUGACUCGCCCACCGUAAUUAUUCACCAGGUAAUUGAUUUGAGUUUGAGGUCUUUCGGGAGCAGAAAGCAAACUCAAUACUAUGUAGAUGAUAGUUAUGAUGGAUCCCCAGCCAAAUAAGGGUUUAUACAUGUCAACAUUUAUUUCCAGUGCUAAUUCCUUUGAUGCUGUAUUUAGAUUUAACAAUCACAUCUUUUUUAUGACACUAUGUUAACACUUAGUAGAAGUGGUAGUAAUGUUGCACGAGAUUGUGCUCUGCUAGAGCAUAUAUACCGAUAUAACAAUUUUAAUAUUAUUUUUGUAAAUAACGCAAAUACAAUACUUACUUGGUCCUCCCUCCAAUUAGUGACCCCCUUCAAUUAUAGACCACCUCCAAUUAAAUACCACUUUUCUUUGGUUCCUUCAAUUAAAUACCACUUUUCUUUGGUUCCAAAUUAACAGUUGUCUUUAAUCUUUUUUAUUUUAAUUAGAAACUCAAGUUGCUAAAGACCACAAACCCUGGUUUUUAAAUGGAGGCUGACCUGUAUUAGGUUAAAAGUGAUUUUCCCUUUAGAGGAAUUUUAUUUUUGCUAUGAAUUAAGGAAAUCAAAUUUGUAAGGUAGUUCAGAGCAUAUGGUAUAAAAACACUGUACAAUCUGUAAAUGAGUUGUUGAUUUAUUAGGUUUAAUCCUUAUUUUGAUUGUGAUUGUUGAAGAUGCUUUCUGCCUUAAUUUACUAACCUCUCAAUUAUACUUGAAUUGCAGUUUUUUCAUGUUUAGAUUUGGGGUAGAGUUGUAUAGUGGCGACUGAUUAUCAACAGUUGUAUUUUGAAUGGCUAGUACUAAUGGGCUGAUGGCAUUUGAAACGAGUUUAAAUAAUUGAAUACAGAUAGUGAUUGGAUGAUGAAUCGAUUGUGUUGGUUGCUAAUGAAGCUCAUACUUCGUGCUCAGGCAAAGAAGAUUUUCUGGCAACGUUAGGGUAGUGUUAGCGACUGCCAAAAUAUCAAUUUUUAUGAGUUGUGUUUUUGAUAAAAAUUUCUUUAAUAAUAUUUAAUUUUUACCUUUCCCGUAGGUGUGUUGCACAUUUGCAUGAAAAAUAGAGGAAAAUGAAAUGUUAUGAAUGUAUUGUUUUCCACAUUAGUAUUAUUUGGGAAAACUUGCAUGUUUCUUGUCAGAUCUUCAUCAGCUCACCCAAAUAAUUUUCCCCAUUAGCCCCUAUUUCAAUCCUCGUAGAUACUAUACAUUACAAAAGAGGAGUCUUGUCCUUUUUUAAUCAAAUGUGAACAUUAUUUUUUAUUUAUGUUUACGGGGUUACAUCUUGCAAAAUACUAGUAAGUCUGUCACUGCAAGGACAAUAACAUCCAAUUAGAAUUAUAAAUUCACUUAAGAUUUCUAUAAUAAUAGCCACUGCCUUAAAAAAAAAAUGCCUUUCAUGAAGUUAAAAUGAUGGAACAGAGUGGUGUUCUUGAACCAUUUAUUAAUUUUUAACAAUCAGCAAAAGAUAUUCACCAGUUUUAUGGUACCUACCAUAUCAUAAAUACUUGUGUUGUGCAAGGUGUGAUGGCAAAAUUUGGCAACAUUAUUUUAAUAGGUUUAUGUACAAACAAUAGCCAAUGCUAUAUUCCAUUCUAUUACAGGCUUUAUUCAUAUUAAGUUAAGAACAUGAUAAAUAAAUUUAAAUUGCCGGUGCAUAUUAUUGGAAAUUUGAAUUACACAAAAGCUUCCAUCAAAGUGGAAUCCAACUGCUGUGUAUUUAAAAUUUUAUAUUAAUUAUCUUAAUGUGAGUGCUAGAUUUGUUUAAUGAAAAAUUCUUUCACUUAAAAAAAAAAACUAUACUUUCAAAUUGCAGAAUGAAUGAAAUGAAAUAAUCUACAGUAAGUGAGGUCUCGCCACAAAAUGAGAUGCAUCAUUGGUAAAAUCAUAUUGAGAUAUUUACCAAAAUCUGUCAAACUUUUUACAAAACUUUGAUCUUACUGUUUUAAAAUAACUUGAUACAUAUUUUAUGAUUGUAUACUUUUUAAGUGAAUUUUCUUACCAAAACAGUGUUCUCUGUGCAUAUUCUGUAAUUCUAGCCCUAUUAUUUGUACAGGUUAGUUUAUCUUUGAGGCCGAUUUUCUAAUAACAUGGUUCUCAUACACCUAAAUGCUCACAUCUACUUCUCCUAAAGAAGCCUUUCAAAGACCACACUAAAUCAAUUUUCUAACCAUGAGACUCAUUUUGUGGUGACACUUUGCUGAGGUAUAGAGAGAUGAAUUGUUAUUUUUUAGUCAUGUGAAAAAAAAAAUCCCUGUUUCUCACACAAUUUGAUCUCAAGAUCUUGAGAUGGGGAGGCAGGCAUUUUAAACAAAACACAGCUUAGCACAAGAAAAAAAAAUCAAAGGUUUUUAAUAUCACAUUAUAUUUUGAUACAAUUUUUUAAGUAUGAUUUUGUAUCAAGUAAAUUAGCGCACUUAUAUGAUUAUCAAAUUUUUCUUGACAAAACACAGUUGUAUGCCCAUAUAUAUUCAUGAUGUGAUGUCAUUAUGACCAUAUUUAGGCAUAUCCUAGUUUUUUCAAAUAAUCACUAGUGUACAGUAGUAGUAAACAAGAUUGACACACCUUAUGGUAUUUAUUUAAAUUAUAUUAUGUUACUGCUAAAUUUACAGCAGUUUUGUAUAUGCCUCCUUUAAAGUACCUCUGCUCCUUGGUGUAAAACAAGAUUUAGGCCCAAGUGAAUCUUUUUAAAAUCCAUCUCUACCCACAUUAGAAACUUUUCUUUGACAAUUACCUCUGAUUUGUCCAUACAUGAUACCAUAUGGCAUCAUUAUUUUGACGGGUUUCAGAUAUUUGUCACAUAAAACCCAAUGUUUUGUCCAUACAAUACAAUUUUGUGUGACAAAUUUGUGUUAUGUGCCAAUACGUAGGAAUAAUGAUGACAUAUUUAUACACCAAAAUAUGGGCACAUUACAUGUAUUUGUCACAUAAAACUUAAUAAUGCUUUGUUUGCACUAUUAAAUGUUAUGUGGCCAAUUUUUUUAAUGUGCCCAAAUAUUGACAUUAUGAUGUCAUUACACCAAAUAUGAGCACAUCAUGUGUGUGUUUUGUCGUCAGUAUCGAAUUUUAUGUGACAAAUGCAUGUGGUGUGGCCAUAUGUGGGUAUGAUGAUGUCAUGUUACACCAAAAUAUGGGCACAUUUAUUUGUCACAUAAAAUUUGGUUGUGUGGACAGAGGUUUUGUAGAGCAUGGCUAAAGAUAUACUGUCUAGGUUGAGCUUCUAAGCUUCAUAAUAGAAUUCAGAAUUUAUAAUACUUUUUAAAUUUAAAUAAAUUAAAAUAGUUUAACACAAAUAUUUUUCUUGCCAAUCACCAGAUUCAUAAAUUGCUAAUGUGGUUUUGCAUAGAAUAUUAAAAACUCAAUGUUAAAAAUGUAUUGUCCCCUGAAAAUAAUAAAAAAAAAAUAAAUAAAUAAAAAAAAAAAAUAACAAUUUAAAAUUAACUUGCUCAUUUUGUAGUAACAUACAAAUUAUUUACUGCAACAUACAACUUGAGCAUAGAAAUUAUUUAAUAAAAAUGUGUACUCUGAAUUUCAUACAGAAUAAUGAUAAAAAUAAUAAAAACACUUCCAAUAAAUGCAAAGUGUUUCUGUCGUCUUUUACUGUAAAAUUAUGGGUAGACACUUUUUAAAUACGCUUAAAUUUCUAUGUUUAAGUUGAUUUUAUGUUACUUCUAAUUACCGGUAAGUUAAUUUCAACAAUGAUUUUUAUAUUUUUUGAUACUCAUCACUUGACAAUACAUCUUAAAUUUCCAAUAAAUUUCAUAGAGUGAAAAGUCUAAAAAUUAUUGGUACCUGAAUUGUUUGAUCCUUUAAAAUGAGUAAACUUUUGUCCACACUAUCACAUUUCAUGUGACAGUAAAUGUGCUAUGCUCAUAUUAUUUGGCUAUAAUAUGAUGUCAUCAUGUCCAUAUAUGGGCACAUCACACAAAGUGUGUCGCAUACAAUUUGUUUAGUGUGGACAGAGCCUUAUUUGUGUUUAAUCGGUUUAAGUAUGACCUUUGCCUAUGACAGACAGUGUAUCUUUAAUCUUAACCGGUUUUAUGGAAUUGGAACCAAUAUAAGUUCUUAUUUUGUAUGGUAUAAUAUUUUAAUAAAGUACAUUUCCUAAUGGUAUAGAGUAUAUGUGUAUUAUAGAUAAUUACUGAAAGCAUUGUAUAUUUGAGUUUAAAGAUUUAUUUAAUUUUUUUUUUUUUUUGUGUACUCCCAUUUUUAUAUGUGUCCCCUCAUUUUUUUGAUGACGUCACAUGGUAGAGUUCUAUUAAAACAGAAUGAAAAUAUCUA